CGAUUUCAAUAUCAGAAUUUCAAUACACAAACAUUUGGACGUCAAGUCGUUCAACUCCAGAUCGACUCAAAGGUCCAAACAACACACUUCUGUGGCCAGAAGAGGAAUUAACACAAACAACGAACUGCUGCAGGUCAGGGUACUUGGGAAAUCUUGGGAUUUGGAAAAGUUCGACAACGGAACCAGGACGGAAGGAAAACUUGUUCCCCCUCCGACCUCACCCAAAUUUCGACUCUCAUCUCACCAACACUCGAGAUUGAUAUCGCUAUUUCACGGUCUCACCACAGACUGUUCAACCUUCAACAACCACACAACCAACCACAACCACACGUCAUGCCCAUCACAAUCCUCCCACCCAAGGCCUUCCGGGACCAACCACCCCGCCGCAACCUCAACCAUGACUCCGACGACGUAAUGUCCGACGCCACCUCCGACUCUGAAGAUUCCGACUCCCAGCCCGGUGGCGUCUCCCUCGACGGCGGCGUGACCAUCCACCCGCGCAAGCGCCGCUCCGCCGCCGCGGCCUCCUCUACCUUCACCAAGCGCCCCAAGACCAACGUGACCAGCUCGGUCCCGCGCUCCGCCAUCGUCACCCCCGGCGAGCGCAUCACCACGGACCCGCAAUGGAUGCGCGGCCACGGCACCUACCUCUCCUCGGCCUCUUUGGGAGAACAAGCCAUCACCUCCUCCCUGGCGGGCAUCGUGACGCGCACCAACAAGCUUUUGUCCGUCCGCCCCCUGCGCGCCCGCUACACGCCCGAGGUAGGCGACCUGGUAGUCGGCCGCAUCGUCGAAGUCCAGGCAAAACGGUGGCGGGUGGACGUCGGGUCCACGCAACUUGCUGCUUUGCCCUUGUCGGCGAUCAACUUGCCCGGCGGUAUCCUCCGCAAAAGAACGGAGACGGACGAGCUGCAGAUCCGCACUUUCUUUGCCGAAGGUGAUCUCGUGGUUGCCGAGGUGCAGCAGCUGUUCCAGGACGGCGGGGCGGUGCUGCACACGCGCUCGCUCAAGUACGGCAAGCUGAGGAACGGCGUGUUUAUGGCUGUUUCCGGUACCGGUGGCGGCGGCGGGGUUGUGCGGUCCCGUAGGCAGGUGUGGACGCUUGAGGCGGCGAAUAAUGGCGGCCCGAUUGAUGUGAUUUUGGGGGUUAAUGGCUAUGUUUGGAUCUCGAAGCAUGUGGAGCCGGUGGUUCCCGAGGAGGCCAAGGGUCAGACGGGCAUUACGAACCUCGAGGAGGUGGUUAGUGCCACGAUGUAUUCGAGCCAGAAUGAUAGGAUCGAGCCGGAGACGAUGAGGGAGAUUGCGAGGAUUAGGGGCGUGGUGACGGCGCUGGUGGAGAAUGGAUUGAGGGUGGAUGAGGAUAUGGUCACGAAGGGGUAUAAUGAGGCCGUGGAGCUGGCGUUGGUGAGCGCGGACGGGCCGGAGGAUGUGUAUCUGGGUGGUGAGAGGGGAGAGCAGCUUGCUGCUGCUUUGACGGCUGUCUAGGUCUAGGUCUAGGGGCUUGUGUAAAUGUGUUCGGGAAACCAAAGAAGAAAGCAAGAUGCUUCCCCGCUUGAUGGUCGCUAAUUAGCUUCCGUCUAUAGCACGACGUUGGUAAUGGCUUUUGAGCCUUAAACCCGCCUUGAUCAGGAACUUGGUUCGUAUCCCUGGAAGUAUAUCACGGAAGACUUGAGUCAAGGUCUGCCCGAAGCACUCGUGAGAACAUGUAAUCAUUUCCAAAACAUCUAUAUACAACCCAACAUCCAAC